AACAUAAUUAUACACUCUAAUCUUAUGCAGACUAUAAUUGUAAAUAAUAUUUCACAUUCAAGAAAAUAUCUGGAAAAUGAAUAGUAAGCUGUAGGGGUUAUAGCCUAACAUUAGAAUCUAAAAUAUGUGAAAACUUAAGCUCAUUACACCCUGUUCAAAUAAUGAUUUGUGUCUCAUUUGCUCAUAUUAAUAUCCUAGCUGGCAUAUUUUGUACUUUCACUUCCAUAUGGACCCCAUUGAAAACAAGAUGGCCUAUCUCAAGGGGCUGUCCUUAAUGAAGUAGAAAUUGCAACGUUACAACUCAGUGUGAACUUAACGAGGGUAACACAGCUCAGCUUUUAACAAUGUCUGUGAUUGCUGGCUGGUCUAUUUAUGAAGGCUUGUUAACAAAUAUCCUACAAACACAGAAAAUGGAGAAAAAAAGGAAUCGCAAGCCGAACUGGACUGAGGAGCAAGGUUUGUUGCUGGCCCAGUUGGUGAACGAACAUAAAGGUAUGUUACGAGGAAAAUUUGGCCCAACUGUCACUAGCCAAGGCAAGAGGCGCGCCUGGGACACAAUAUCCCAAACAAUCAAUGCCUCUUUUCCACUGGUGGUGCGGACAGGCGACGAUUGUGAGAAAAGGUGGUAUGUGCUGCAGUCCAAGGCAAAAGAUGAGAUUGCAGCACACAAGCGGGAAUCCUCACUCACAGGGGGUGGACCACCUGCAAAGCGGCUGUCCCAGGUGGCCGACACUGUCUUUCAAGUCCUGGGACACUCUGAGGUCAGUGUCACCGGGCUGCCAACAGGCAUUGACACGUCAAUGAUGCAGGCCCUUGAAAUGCAGCAAAGGCCUAUGUAUUUCUGUAGCAUGGAGCCAUCACAAGAACCGGGCCCAUCAAGUUUGCCGCCUGAACCAUCUGCAGCUGCUACUCAGGAUAGCCCGGCGGAUCAAACACCAUUCCCAUCCGCAGCACCUGCUCCGUCAGCAUCCCUGCAGGAGAGAAGAUUGCAACUCACAAUUGAUGUGUUUGAACAACAACAAAAAAGUCCUUUCCCUUCAGGAGGAGUACUACCGCCUUAAAAUUGAACACCUAAAAAAUAAACCAUUUAGAGAUUGUGUUCUGUGUCUUGCAUUUAACAGUUGCAGGUGAUGUGCAGUAAAACUGUGGUAGUUCUUAAUACCAUCACAAGUUCUCAAAUGACAUGGGGCUACAGCUUGCCUGAAAUGUAAAUUUGUGAAGUUUGCCCUGUAAGGCAGUCCACUCUGGGCUAGGUUCCCCUGUGGAAUGUGAAUAUCUUCUUCACCACCAUCCUCAUCGUUGUCUCCAUCCUCAUCCUCAUCGCCAUCCUCCAGAGGUUCUGCAAUCUGUCUAACCUUGCAAAUAUUGUGUAAUAUUGCACAGGCUAUGAUGAGUUUGCUGACUUUUUCAGGCCUCAGCCGCACCUCUCCGUGGAGAACAUGAA